CUGCCUCCAGCACAGAAACACCAGUUGAAUUCAACAAACCAUGAAGACUUUCAAACUCUGCAUUCUACUAAGCCUGGCAGUCGCAGUUUACUGCGUGCCAGUACCGCAGGUUACUGUGCAAGAUGAGAAUUUUGCAGAGAGCUAUCUGAAGAAAUUCUUCAACCUAACAGAGGAGACAGGUCCAACAAUCAGACGGGGGAUCAGCCCGGUGAGCAGGAAGCUGAGUGACAUGCAGCGAUUCUUUGGUCUCCAGAUCACCGGGACGCUGGAUGCUAAAACCUUAGAGAUGAUGAAGAAACCCCGCUGUGGCGUUCCAGACGUCCAAAUUGCCAGGUUCUCCACUUUUGGAGAAAACCUCAAGUGGACUAAGAACAGCCUCACCUACAGGAUAGAGAACUACACACCUGACAUGUCAGUGUCAGAGGUCGAUGACUCCAUAGAGAAGGCACUGCAGGUUUGGGCCAAAGUCACUCCUCUGAAAUUCACAAGAAUCUACAGUGGCACCGCUGACAUCAUGAUCUCCUUUGGCCGCCUACAGCAUGGUGAUGGUUACCCUUUUGAUGGUCCUGAUGGCACUCUUGCCCAUGCCUUCGCUCCAGCGCCUGGCAUUGGAGGAGAUGCUCAUUUUGAUGAAGAUGAGACGUUCACUUUCCGCUCAAACAAUGGCUACAUCCUCUUCAUGGUGGCUGCCCAUGAGUUUGGCCACUCCCUGGGCUUGUCUCACUCUAAUGAUCCUGGUGCUCUCAUGUACCCUGUGUACUCAUACGCAAACCCUGACACCUUUGUUCUGCCGCGGGAUGAUGUCAACGGCAUUCAGUCUCUCUAUGGUCCAAACCCAGACAAGGACCCUGUUAAUCCUGGACCUGAGCCUCCAACCACCCCUGAUGCCUGUGAUUCAACCAUGGUCUUGGACGCUGUCGCCACCCUGCGAGGAGAAAUUCUCUUCUUCAAGGGCAGUUUCUUUUGGCGUAGCUACCCCCAGAGUGCGACACCAGAGCAAAGUCUCAUCACAAACUUCUGGCCAGACGCCCCCAUCAACAUCGACGCUGCUUAUGAAAGCCAACAGUCAGACAGUGUCUUGCUCUUUAAAGAUCGUAAAGUGUGGGCUUUCAGUGGCUACGAUCUUGUACCUGGCUAUCCUAAGUCAAUUUCCAGUUUUGGUCUGCCCACAAGUGUGAAGAAAAUUGAUGCAGCCCUUUAUGAUGUGGAAUCUGCCAAGACUCUGUUCUUUGUAGACAGAAAUUACUACAGUUAUGAUGAGGCCAAAAAGGCUAUGGACCCGGGAUUCCCCAGGAGUUUGGAUCAGGCCUUCUCCGGCCUGACCAGCAAGGUGACUGCAGCUUUUCAGUACAGAGGUUUCACGUACAUCUACAGUGGAACCAACAUGUUUGAGUACAGCCUGAGCAGCGGCACAUUGUACCGCGUGCUGGGGAACAACUACUUCUUGAGAUGCACUUCUAGAAGAGUUUAAUACCGAGGUCAUUUUAUGUAGGCAAUCUGAAUGACAAUGAAGGCACCAAAGUUAAACAGUGUCCAUAAUAUAUAAUAAUAUAUUUUUUCACGGGUAUAUACUGGAUAUAUGCCCUUCUGAGAACAGCAUCUAAUGUUUUUUUAAAUACUUUUAUAUUUUUGUGACGUCAGCUUCUUUCUGCUUUUAGUAAUAUUUUUAAGUAAAUUAACUCUCUUUAUAGCUUAUCUUAUUUAUGUCACAUGUUUUUGUCUUUAAUGAAGUUUAACUA